AUGGUUCACACCAAACAAACCACCCUCCUGGCCCUAACCGGCCUAGCUGCCACAGCUACAGCCUACAAGCAUACAUGGAGGGACCACAUGAAGUGCGCAGCUGCUGUAGCCCAGGACGCAGAUUACCCAACCUGCACCUCACCAUCCAAGUUCUACUGCUUCUGCGCGCAGCCCUUCGAUCCGAGCAAGAUAAGCAGUGCAGCAAGGGACGUGUGCGAUGGAUUUGGAAUCCCAACGGAGAAUAUACACAGGUUCAUCUGCGACCACGACGGCCAUUGGGAUGAUGACGAUGUGUAUGAUCAUGACCCCGAUCACUACACUAACUGCCAUCAUGCCUUCUCCUACGACUAUGACGAUGACGACGGCAAUGAUAGGGACAGAUAUGGAUAUCGCAUCUCCCAUCCGCACCGCCUCAGCCACCCCAACAUGCGUGUUGCUGCUCCGGAGAGUGAGUCCACUUCCUCAAACACAGCUAAACACAGCCCCAACGUCCAGAGCAAGAGGGCGUACGUGCCAGGUCUGGCCCAUUCCGCCUCCGCCUCGGCCUCUACCCACCGCCCCCUCGUCACCGACUUCCCGUCAACCCCUGACGAAGAGAACGACUACGAGGACGAGAACGAGCACGGAGUCAGGGUCAUCACGGAGAUCCUCACGCAUACAUCGUGCGACUGUUCGUCGUCGGCGGUAGCGGCUUCAACGGGCCGGGCGUCGAGUCAACCGGUGUAUGUUCAUCAGAGCGCGGUUCCUGUUUCAUCUUCAUCAUUGGCGCACGCGCAUGUUCAUCAGACUGUGGUCCCUGUCUCGUCUUCUCCAUCGGCGCACGCGCAUGUUCAUCAAGCUAUGGCCCCCGUUCCUUCGUCAUCGACGCAUACGCGCGUUCACCCAACUGUGGUCCCUGCUCCCUCGUCAUCGUUGGCGCACAUGCCUGUUCAUCAGGCUGUGGCCCCCAUUUCUUCAUCGACAGCACAAACGCAUCUUCAUCAGGCUAUGGUCCCUGUUUCAUCCUCGUCGUCAUCGCACUUGCAUGUUCACCACACAGCAAUUCCUGUUGCAUCUUCGUCAAGUCGACCGGCGCACCUUCACCAGGCCGUGGUACCUGUUGCAUCUUCGUCGUCAGCGCACGCGCAUGUUUACCAGACCGUGGUCCCCGUUUCUUCAUCUCCGACGCACAUGCACCUUCAUGAGAGCGCGAUUCCAGAGCCAACUUCGUCAUCAGCACAUGCGCAUGUUCAUCAGGCUGCGGUUACUGUUGCAUCCUUGUCGAGUCAACCGGCGCACCUUCACCAGGCCGCGAUUCCCGUUCCCUCAUCGUCGGCAUCGGCGUCGAUUUCGCUGGCUAGAUCGCAUGAGUAUGCGCAGGUCCUUGGACCAGAGUCCGUGUACGUCUCGGUACCUGUGUCAGUGCCUGCACCUACAGGCGUCGAUGCGCAGCGGAGUGGGUAUCCCAGUCAUCACAAGGCGAUGGAUUCGUCUUUUGUGGUGGCUUCGGCGUCGCCUUCUCCCUCGCCGUCGGCAAUGACGUUUGAUGGGGCUGCGGCGGUUGGGGUGCUUGUGCCUAGUUCGGUGGUUGUGCUUGGGUUGACUGCGUUGAUGGCGUUUUUUAUGUGA